AUGUGGUUCAUAACUGCCCUACUCUUCUCAUCUGCCUUAGCCAAACCUACAUCAGCUCCUUAUCUCCUUACUCAAAAUAGGCCCUUUAUUAUAGCUCACCGAGGAGCAUGUGGAUAUAUUCCUGAGCAUACUCUGCAAGCCUAUGAAGUUGCAUCAUAUAUGUCCGCCGAUUUUAUUGAGUCUGAUUUAGUCCCAUCAAAAGACUUUCAACUCAUCGUCAACCACGAUAAUCUUCUGAAUGAAACAACAAAUAUCGAUCUUUUACCUCAAUUUUCAAAUUUACACACAACUAAAACCAUUGAUACCUAUAAAGGAAAUAUUACAGAAACUGGCUGAUUUAUUGAAGAUUUUUCAUUAAAUCAAAUAAAAGAGCUCAGGGCUAAGCAAAGGCUGAACUUCAGGCCAAAGCAUCUAAAUUACUUGUUCCAGAAAAUCACAAUAGAAGAAACACUAAACUGGGCAAUUAAUGAAAAUUUGGAGAGAAUAAAAAAGAAUAAAAAACUGCUGGGAGUGUAUAUUGAAUUGAAAUAUCCAAAAUAUUUCAACUCAAAAGGAUUUCCGGUACAGGAAAUGCUUCUGGGGGUAUUGAAUAAGUUUGGGGUUGGGGACUUAAACAGUGCAAGCGAAAAAUGUCCAAUAGUUUUGGAGUGCUUUGAAUUAGAAACUUUGAAAUAUUUUAGUGAAGUUACUGACCUACCUCUGGUAUACUUAAUUGAUUCAAGAAUAGGGAGCAAUCAGAUUGAGGAGUACUCAACGAUAGUUCAUGGAGUUGGACCAGAUUUAGGGUAUGUUUUUGAUCUUGGACUAGAUGGCACUGGAUUUAUAGCCAAGGCCCAUAGCAAUGAGCUGUUUGUUCAUCCUUGGGUUAUGAGAGAUGAUAUUCUGCCUGAAGGAGCUAACGCAGAAGAGAUGUACUUAAAAUUACUCUAUGAGAAUGCUGAUGGAAUUUUCACCGACUUUCCAGACUCUGCAAGCACGUAUUUUAGCACUGAAUAG